AUUCCAGAAAAUGGGAUUAGCAAUUCCACCACGCUUAUGGUUCCGUCGCAACCUGAUCAUUACAACAAAUUCCGAAUUUUUUAAUGCUCAGUGGCUCAGUUCAGUUCCGUGGCAAUGGAGUGGAGCUCGCUAAUGCCCUCAUUAAUGGCGAUAAUAAAUCCCCAAUUCACUAUUUCACUGCCCUAUUUCACGUGGCCCACGAUUUCAACUCUGAAAGGGUAAUACCAAACAAGGGGUGUUAUAAUAUCUUAUUUCUCCACUCUCAUCACCAACCCACUGAGCUGCGGGUUUUCCAGAGGCUAUCGGAUUAGGGAAAUUUUAGGGUUACAAGAGAGAAGGGAGGAGAAAUGAAGGUACCCAGGACCAGGAGGCCGAUUCAUGCCAUUAAGGUAUGGGUUGGGAGGCAACCCCCGAAGAUGAAAGCGUUUUUGGGGGUGGUGUCUGCUAUCAUCUCUCUUGUUCUUCUCUAUGUGAUGGUUCAUGAUCACAACAAGCUUUUUGUGGCCGCUGAGGCUGUUCAUGCAACCGGAAUUGCGGUUCUUAUAUAUAAGCUCAUGAAGGAGAGGAGUUGUGCAGGUCUUUCACUCAAGUCACAGGAAUUAACUGCUUAUUUUCUAGCUGCUAGACUCUAUUGCAGCUUUGUCAUUGAAUAUGACGUACACACAUUCCUUGAUUUGGCUACUUUAGUAGCAACUCUUUGGGUCAUUUACAUGAUCCGUUUCGAGCUCAAAGCCAGUUACAUGAGAGACAAAGAUGAUUUUAAAGUUCUAUACUUGGUGAUACCAUGUAUUUUACUCUCCAUCGUCAUUCAUCCGACACCACUAAGAGUUUCUAUUUUGCAAAGAAUUUUCUGGGCGUUUUGUGUUUACCUUGAAGCGAUUUCUGUUCUACCUCAGUUGCGAGUCAUGCAGAACAUAAAGAUUGUUGAGCCAUUCACUGCGCAUUAUGUAUUUGCCUUGGGAAUUGCCAGGUUCCUGAGCUGUGCACAUUGGAUUCUUCAGAUGGUAGCAACUCGUGGGGGACUGCUGGUAGCGUUGGGAUAUGGACUAUGGCCUCCUAUGGUUCUUCUUGCAGAAAUAGUCCAAACCUUUGUUCUUGCAGAUUUUUGUUAUUACUAUGUUAAAAGCGUUCUUGGCGGCCAGCUCGUCGUCCGCCUCCCUGCUGGAGUAGUCUGACAUAGAGAUUGUGAUGAAGGCGGCUUCCUGGCAGCAUCUAUCUGCGUUCGGUAACGGUAUCUGUACACACUUCUAAUCUUAUAGUGAACGCUGUAACUGAACUGCAAAAAACGGGGGGAUACUUCAUAAACUCAUGUGCAGCUGCAUCUUACAUUUUAGUAAUGAACAAUAAUAAUGAAGGAUGCUAUUGCCAUUUCACUUGCUUCA